GAGGGAAACGUCCAAAUCUUUGUGGAGAAAAUAUAAAAUAUGAAUGUGUAUCGCAGUCGCAGAACAGAAAGGGAACAGAGGACAUAAAACAGAUCGGAUCAAACUUGAAUCAUCCCUCGUGUAAUCAACCCUCUACGUAGUUAGCCUGAAGGGAGUAUAGAAAAUGUACGUAGCUUCACCUGCGGCAAUACACCACCUGCCAGGCUAGUAGGCAACUGUCAGCGAUAGCGUGCGGGAAAGGGAACGACUGAAAUUGUUUUUCGCUUCGCGAGAUAUUAUCGCGGCAGAAUAAUCUGUGGUACAAAACAGUUCGUCGAAUAUUUUUUUAAAUUACAUUUUGAGAGAGAGAUGCUUCGAGCGCGCUCUCAAAGCAGCUUGUACGAGCAGGAAGCGAAGUUCGUACAGGAUCGCAUAACGGGCGUGGAGAAACACUUCGCCGAGCUGUGCACGAUAUUCGCUGCGUUCGCCAGAAAAGCUGCCAGAUUGCGUGAUAAGGGCGACGAGUUGGCUAAAAUAAUACAAACUUAUGCGGAUUCGGAAAUCAUAAAUCGAUCACUGAGCGCCGGGCUCGCAAAUUUUUCCGCAACGUUAUCGGUCAUCGGCGAUUAUAGAGAUGCGGAAGUACAAAGAUUGGAUUCCAAAGUAAUUGUACCUCUUUCACAAUACGCAACGAUUUGCAAGCAUGCCCGCGAUGAUGUAAAAAAUACUUUCGCAGCACGCGACAGAGAACUCACGAGACGAAGACACCUGGAUAAAGUUCGAGAAAGAAAUCCCAGGAAUCGUCAAAUGAUAUCGCAAGCCGAAUCGGAGUUGACAAAAGCGUCCAUUGAAGUAUCCCGCGUAGUGAAAGGACUCGAGGAACAGAUCGACUCAUUCGAACGACGAAAGUUGCACGAUUUGAAGUCCAUACUUUUAGAUUUUGUCACCAUCGAAUUGAGCUUUCAUACAAAGGCUCUUGAGCUUUUGACCAAGGCAUAUCAAGAUGUUGCAGCUGUUGACGAAAUUAAAGAUAUUGAGGACUAUCAAAGCGCGAGAGGAGAGAUAAAUGGGGAAUUUCGAGAGACAAUGCGAGUUCCCGAUUCCGUCGCAAGAUUAGACACGGUGGGCAGAACUUCGUUUCGACAAGCUUACUCGUUAACGAACUUAGCCACUCGAUUCGCAUCCUCGCCCAUGGCGUCGCAGAAAUUAGCUAAUCGAGGAACUGAAUCUGCGGAUUCCAUACGGACCGCGUUCACAAAUUCUUCCGAGUCGGUUCAAGUCGAAGAAUAUCCAGACAGUACAGAGGAAACGGAAUCGGAGUCAAUUCGAGAGAAGCCAAAAAGAGUGUCAAAACAUGCUGGAUACAAAGUAAAGAAACGCUUCAUUCUCAAACCCGUCCCAGCAAUUCCCACGUGUCAGAAGUCUUUAAUGUCGUCUAUAAUAUACCGUAUACCUUACAGACUGAAUCAGACAAAGUAA